AUGGAAAACCAAACUAUAGAGUAUAUGUUGGUUCUCGCUGGUCUGUCUGAUCUUCCGAGUCUUCAGCUUCCUUUGUUCCUGGUGUUUCUCCUGAUCUACCUAUUGACUCUGACUGGGAACCUUCUCAUCCUUCUCCUGAUCUUCACUGAUUCCCAUCUUCACACCCCCAUGUACUUCUUCCUUGGAACCCUGGCAUGUCUGGAUAUGGGUUACUCCUCAGUAACUGUCCCAAGAAUGCUCUUUGAUUUGCUCACUCGUAAAAGAAUAAUUUCUGUUCCAGCUUGUAUAACUCAGAUCUACUUCUUCAUCUAUUUUGCUACAUCAGAGAUAAUUGUGUUGGCAGUGAUGUCCUAUGACCGAUACAUCGCUAUCUGCCGCCCUCUUCACUACAUGCAGAUAAUGAGCUGGAAAACUUGUGUUCAGGUUGUGUCGGGUGUGUUAGUUUUGGAUGCAGUAUAUUCCUUGGUGCACACUCUUUUUCUAAAUAAUCUCAUCUUUUGCAAGUCAGAAGCUUUGCAAAGUUUCUUUUGUGAGCUGCCCCAGUUGCUUCAGAUCUCCUGCAGUGAUAUAUUGAUCAAUGUAUUGCUUAUAUUUCUCCUUGGGUUAUUGUUUGCAGUAGGUCCAUUAGGAGUCACCUUAUACCCAUAUAUCACUAUCAUCAGGACUGUUCUGAAAAUCCCAUCAAAGAACAUGAGAUCCAAAGCUUUCUCCACCUGCUCCUCCCAUCUAACUGUGGUCUUUAUACUUUACAGUACUAUUACCUUCAACUACUUUCUCCCAAAUGCAAAAGAUCAUUACACAAAGGACAAAGUGACUUCUGUAUUUUAUGCAAUAUUAACCCCCUUUUUAAAUCCUCUGAUCUACAGUUUAAAGAAUCAGGAAAUCAAAACAUCCCUAAGAAGAACUUUAUACAAACUGCAAAUCCUGAGAGGGUGA